AUGCCACCAGGAAUUCCCGAGUUUAUCUUGAUCUCGGUGCAUUAUUAUAAUCUACAAUCAUUUUUGCUUUCAUCUGGAUACUUUGCAGGAAAGAGGAAAGCAGAGUCGGAGGUUCUUUCAAAGAAUCCAAACUCCGGUGUUGUGUUAAGACCUGCCUUCAUCUAUGGAAAAAGAAGGGUUGAUGGUUUUGAGAUUCCUCUAGAUUUGAUUGGGGAACCAGUGGAGAGAAUUCUCCGUGCUACCCAAACCUUCACCAAACCAUUAAGUUCUCUUCCAGCAUCAUAUCUCAUUUUGGCACCACCAGUUAAUGUCGAUGAUGUUGCACUUGCAGUGAUAAAUGCAAUAACAGAUGAAGACUUUUUGCAGUGA